AUGUCUCAGAGUCACUGCUACUCGCUCAGGAGCUCUUACAAUGCCCCACCACUCUCUGCCAUUGUGCACAGGUCUAAUCCUAUAAGCUUUGAAGAUGGAUUUUUUUUACCCAGCAGCUGCUAUGACAGGACCUGGCUCUUGGACAACUUUCAAGAAACCUGCAGUGAAACCACCAGCAGCAAAGUAUCCAACUGUGAACAGGAACUGUGCACAGAGGACAGCGGUGUACAAAGUGCUUGCCUCCACAGAGUUGUCCAAACUACUUGUUCUAAUUCCAGGCCCCAUGAAAAGACAACAUGCGAAUCAGGAAGUUCAUCGACAGUGUUGAAGUGUGUUUCUCAGCCUUGUCAAUCAGGAUGCAGUCAGCGAAAAGGUUUUGCAAUCCAGAGCUGUCAACCUGUGAGCUAUGCAGCAAAGUGUUGUCCACCAAAGACUUAUGUGUCUAAGAGUUGCCAAGCUCUAGAAUGUGAAUCUAGUCAAUGCCAGACUCAGAGCCCUGAACUCAGUUCCUGCAGACCUCUGGUCCCUGUCACAACAGGGCCACAACUCCUGGAAUCUUCUAAUAGUUAUGAACCAUCUUGCUGUGUUACUGGUGGUUUGCAAUUGCCUAGUAAAUGA